CGAAUUGAGUAACCGUUCAAAAUGCAGCCAGCAGAAGCCUGAGCCUCUCUCUUCCCCUACUUGCUAUGGCCCUAGAUAGUGUACAAGGGCACAGGAUGCAGGCGCGCGAAUUGGAACGCACACAUGAAUGCUGGGCAGAGCUGGUCACGUGACCCUCCGUCGAAGGCCCCGUUGUAGGGAAAGAGGGGAAAGGAAAAAUGGCGGCUGCAGGAGAGCAGGAGCGGGACGCCGGACGUUCAGCUUGAGCCUGGGCCGAAAAUCUAGUCCGGUGCUUCGGCGUGGAAACGUCGGAGACGUCGGUGUUCAGUAGGAGUGUCGGGGGUGUUUUGGUGUGAUUUCCCUGAAGCUGGGAGUGCGAGAAGAGUGAAAAGGACCAGGAAAAUAACAACAAUAACAAUAAUAACAGUUCACUGAGACAGGAAAAGAGAAGAGGCAGAAAUGAGAGGCAGGAGAGGCAGAGCGCCGAAGUCCGAUCUAGCACUGGGAGGUCCAGGAGCCCCAGCCCGAGGUGCCCGCGGUAGAGGAGCCCGGGGCCGUGGCAGAGGGGGCAAAAGCUGCGGCCGGGGCAGGGGGGGCACACCGCGGGACCCAGAGUCUGUGGUGGCUGCAGGGGAGAACCAGCCGAGCUCCAGGCGGCGGCGGUGGAAGUGGAAAGGAAGGAGGAAGAGAGCGGAGGCGGGAACGGAGAGAGGCGGGAGCCGCGUCGGGAGCAGAGGGAGACGGAUAGCGGGGAAAGUGGAGUACGAUGACCGGGACAGUGAAGAGCAGGCGGAGGAGGAGAGCCUGCGGUCCGAGGAGGAGGCGGAGGAAGGGGAGGGGUUCGCACGAUACUCGGAUGAUGAUUAUGUUUAUGGAGAUGAAGAUGAAGACGACGAUGAUGAAGAAGUGCUAGACGAAGACGACGGGUCGGAUUAUGUGGCGGAGGGAGAGGAGGAGGAGGAGGAGGAAGAGGGGAACAACUUACACGGAGACACGCCAGGCCGUAGAAGGUCUCGAGUGUGUCGUCCUCGUACUCCAUUAUUCGAGGAGAAAGAUGUCCCCCUUCUUGACCUUCCAAAAUCCUCAGAUGACCUUCUGGUCCCAGCAACGCACCUCCUUACCGCAGCCUCAAUUUACGAGGUGCUGCGGAACUUCAGCUCAGUUCUGCGUCUCUCACCAUUUUGCUUCGAGGACUUCUGCGCUGCCGUGUCUGGACAGGAACAGUGUACCCUGCUGGCUGAAACACACAUCGCCCUGCUGAAGGCCAUACUGCGCGAGGAGGACACCUCUAACACCAGUUUCGGCCCCACCGACCUGAAGGACAGCGUGAACUCGACGCUUUACUUUAUGGACGGGAUGACGUGGCCUGAGGUGGUCCGGGCUUACUGCGAGAGUGACCCGGAGUACCAUCAUGUCCUGAAGUUUCAGGAUGGAGAGGACUAUCCCUUCGAACCACUGGAGAGCAAGCUGAAAGUGCUGCAGUUCCUCGUGGAUCAGUUUCUGGCCACUAACCUGGCGCGGGAGGAGCUGAUGUCGGAGGGCGUGGUCCAGUAUGAUGACCACUGUCGCGUUUGCCAUAGCCUGGGUGACCUGCUGUGCUGUGAGACGUGUUCUGCUGUGUAUCAUCUGGACUGUGUGCGGCCGCCGUUACGCGAGGUUCCAGAGGAGGAGUGGCAGUGUGAGGUGUGUGUAGCUCACCGGGUGCCAGGUGUGUGCGACAGCGUUACAGAGAGUCAGAAGACCCGCCCCUACAUCCGGCAGGAGCCAGUCGGAUUUGAUCGCCACCGCAGAAAGUACUGGUUCCUUACACGCAGGAUCAUAGUUGAGGAGGAUGGAGAGCAUGAGAACAAAACGAUCUGGUAUUACAGUACGAAGGUGCAGCUGGCGGAGCUGCUGUGUGUACUGGAUAAGACCAAAUGGGAGAAGCAGCUGUGCCGCAUGUUGGAGGAGCUGCGGGAGGAGAUCCAUGCACACAUGGACAUCACCGAGGAGCUCACCAAUAAGGCCCGCGGCAACAACAAGUGCUACCUCACUGCCGCUAAUGAGGAGAUCCUGGAGCGUGUGAGGGCCAGGCAGGAGGAAGAGAUGGAGGGGGUGAAGAGGAGGGCAGCAGAGGAGCUAGAGCGACUGAAGAAGGAAGAAGUUGAGGUUGAGCCUUGCACAGCCGAGGAGGAGUCGGAAAAGCUUGCAGAUGAAUCUCCACCAGUCCAAACAGGCACUGAGGAGGCUACCCUUACAGUGAGACUGUGCAUUUACGGAGCAUCAAUCAGGCACAGAACGUUGGCUGAGGCACCAUCUGGUGGUGCGGUGAAGCACUGCAGUGCAGAGGCCCUCAGUCCAGGGGACUCUGGGCCCUCUGCCCCUCAACUAGCGGAGCCCUCUGGGUUAGCUGCAGUCACUGAAUCUCAGCAGAGCUCCAGAGACCUGGAGGAUCUGCCUGAGACGGCAGAUAAGUCCUUAGGUUCCGCUGAUGCUGGGGAGGUGGCCCCCUCGCUGCAGACCCCCCAGACAGCCGAUGAGAGCAGCAGUAGUCUGAGGGGGAUGGAUGAUCCGGACGCUGCAGAGAAAGCUUCCGUAUCCAGCCAGGAAGAGAACAGUGAGGGGAAAGAGAAGGUCAUUGGAGAGACACCAUUUGGAGUGAAGGGGGCAAUGACAGCCACACGCAUGGUCACUCGUCUGAGGAACCCAGACAGCAAACUUAGUCAGCAAAAGAGCCAGCAGGUGGCAGCAGCACUACAUGAGGCCAAUAAGGGAUACAAGGAGGGAAAAGAGGUUCUGGUGGUAAGCCAGCAGGGAGAAGUUGCCCGUCUGAACCCACGCAACUCCAAAGACCUCAUCGUGAAGGGCUCACUGGGCUCAUUCUUCCGCCUGGGUCAGGAGGGCAAGUACCGGGUCUAUCAGAACCAGUACAGCACGAACGCUCUAGCCCUCAACAAGCACCAGCAUCGAGAAGACCACGACAAGCGCAGACACCUGUCCCACAAGUUCUGCAUGACCCCUGCUGGAGACUUCAAAUGGAACGGCUCUGUGCAUGGCUCCAAGAUGCUGACCAUCUCUACGCUGAGGCUGACUAUCAUCCAGCUGGAGAACAAUGUCCCAGCACCCUUCCUGCACCCCAAUUGGGCCUCUCACAGGGCUAAUUGGAUCAAGGCUGUGCAGAUGUGCAGCAAAGCACGGGAGUUUGCUCUGGCUUUAGCCAUCCUAGAGUGCACCAUCAAACCAGUGGCCGUGCUGCCUGUAUGGAAAGAUUCGCUGGGACACACACGGCUUCACCGCAUGACGUCGCUGGAGCGGGAGGAGAAGGAGAAAGUGAGGAAGAAGGAGAAGAAGCUGGAGGAAGAAGAGACCAUGCAGCAGGCCACCUGGGUCAAAUACACAUUUCCUAUUAAACACCAGGUGUGGAAGCAGAAGGGUGAGGAGUACAGGGUGACAGGCUACGGCGGCUGGAGCUGGAUCAGUAAGACUCACGUCCAUCGCUUCAUGCCCAGACUACCUGGCAACACCAACGCUAAUUACCGCCAAGAGCUGGAGGCUGCCAAGAGUGGAAAGAACUCUUUAGAUCUGAAGACAGAAAAAAGGGAUGUGUUUCCUGAAACAACAAGCAGGGGCAAAGCAGAGGAGAACCAGGAACCAAAGGCAGAAGAAAAGAAAGUUCCAGCAGACAUCCCUGACUCUCAUCUAGAUGAAGCAAAAGGCUCGGGCAAGAACAGAAGUGCUACGGUUCCAGAAGAGAAGCAUGAAGAGGGAGUGCCAAGGCCAUCAUCUCCACGACACCGACCUUUCAACUAUGAUGUAGUGAAUGUGAGCGAGGGCUUCCUGCUCCGAACAGCCUAUAAGAAGGUGGUCAAGCCUUCCAAACUGGAUGGGCUGCUCGAGCGGCGCAUCAAGCAGGACGAGAUUGAGGAGAAGCGUCGGCCCGAAUGGUGGAAGUCAGUCAUUGCUUCCAACCCCAAGGUGGUGAUCCAGAGACUUGAGGUUAAAGUGGACCCGCAGGCAGGGAUAACGAUACGACCUGAGGUCAAAUCUGAGCAAAUUACAAAGACUGCAGAGGGGCAGGCGUCUGCCGGCUCAGACGAAAAGGUAGCCUGUUCUACAGAAGAGCCAAAGUGCCUCCAAAGAACGAAUGGGACAGCAGAUAAGAGUGUGGAACAGGUAGGGCCUGAUGGAGGCAACAAAACAUUUAGACUGAGCCAGUCUCAGUCUGCUGUUGAGUCAAAUCAUCAGUUAACUAUGCCACUUUUCUCAGGGGGCACUGCUAAGCAGUGUGCUAGCAUGGAUGUUAGCAGAGGUAACCAGCAAACAAGCAUAAGUACACCAGCACUCAAUAAUGUAACGUCAUUGGAAGAGAAUGGGGGUGGGUACAAGGAUAAUGAGACCAAGGGAAUAACUGUUAUGGACAGUAUAGUUCCUCCAAAGCCACCUCUUUCAUUGCAAAUGAAUGGAAAAGAUCUUAUGGAAGGUGUCCUCAAGGACACAUCUUUAAAUCUGACCCAAAGUGUUGUGACCAAGAUGAAUGAUGGCGGGAUAGAGGAAGACAGAAAAGCUCUGUCACUCAAGGAGGCGAUGAAGCCUCUGAUGAAUGGAAACACGGUAUUGGAUGGAGAUUCAGAAAGGAGAAACAGCACAGAAGAUAACCCAGAAUACCUUCCCCCUCAGAAAGUGCCCCGUCUGGGGGACACUGUGGAGGAGCUAGCCCUGUCUUCUCCAACUAUACCUCACCCAACCAAGGCAUUGCUCACAAUAGACAGCAAAGAGCACAACAACAUGGAAGCCAAGCUGGGUGGUGUUGACGAAGUGACCCAAAGGACACUUGUUCCAUCUCCUGUGCUUUCGGUAGAGGAAUCAAGCCUUAGCAAUGAUUUUGCAGAAAGCAACUGCGGUAAUGGUUCUAAGACAGCCAUAGAUACCACAGUGGUCACUCAAGUCACCACAACGACAGCAACCACAGUUUGUACAGAGUCUCGCACAGCUCAGAGCUGCAGUGUUUCUACUCUCAUCACCACAACCAAAACCACCAUGACUCAUGUGACCUCACCGACCCCACAGGGGCAAUCCGAACACAUUGCUGUCUCCAAGGAUAUGAAGACCACCUUGACCUCCUCAUCCUUUUCUCCUUCGUUAUCAGUAACAGUAAGCCGGGAGCGCUCUACACGAGAACGAGUCCAACUGCAGAGCUUCAGCCACACCAAGAAGCCACGUUCAGGCUUGGCGCUGCCAUCCUACCGCAAAUUCACCACCAAAAGCUGCAAGAAGAGCAUCUUCGUCUUGCCCAGUGACGAGCUGAAGAAGCUAGCACGGAAAGGAGGCUUCAGGGAAGUGUGCGUUUUCAGCUACAAUGCCAAGCCAGCCACGGAUAUCUGGCCAUAUCCCUCUCCAAGACCCACCUAUAGCAUAACCUGGAGGUAUCGUCUCCAGACGGUGAAGUCAUUAGCAGGCGUGAGUCUGAUGCUACGGCUGCUUUGGGCAUGCCUUCGCUGGGACGACAUGGCUGUGAAACCUUCCCCUAAUGCUGGCACAACGCGCACAGAAACAUCAGAGACAGAUAUCACUACCACAGAGAUCAUCAAGCGAAGAGACGUUGGCCCGUAUGGGAUCCGAUCAGAAUACUGUAUUCGGAAGAUCAUCUGUCCCAUUGGGGUACCAGAGGAGCCUAAAGAUACGCCAACCCCACAGAGAAAAGGUCUGCGCUCCAGCGCUCUGCGGCCCAAACGGCCCGAAACCACCAAAGAGACUGGGCCAAUCAUCAUAGAGACAUGGGUGCCCGAAGAGGAGCUCGAUCUGUGGGAGAUCCGAGCCUUUUCGGAGCGUGCAGAGAAAGAGAAAGCCCAGGCUGCGGAGCAGGCCAAGGUUAGUGCUCAGAGGAAGGCUGUGGAGCUUCAACAGAAGAAGCGUUUGGAACAAAAGCAAAGUUCUGGAAGUUCAGCGGUCACUCCUUGUAGCAGCCCCUCGACCCCCAGCGCUCCUAAAGUCAUCGUAGGGUCCCUCACCAGCCAGGUCUCCCCUGGAACCAAAGUAGUUCUCGCUGCCAAGAUGGGCACACCAGUGACAUUACAGCAAAACAAAAACAUGCAGCAGACAUUCUCCACCUGGGUCAAAGGCCAAGUGUCCAACAGCACUGUCACCUCCGUCUCCACAACGGCAGGGCAGAUGUUCCAAAUCUCAGGGAGUCCCUUGGCUGGAAAAGUCAUCACGGCCAAACUCCCACUUCCUGCCAACAGCAAGAUCGUCACGCUCAGCGUGCCCACCACACAAGGAGGUGUACAGCAGAAGGUUGUUGGCAUAAUUCCAUCCAGCACCGCCGGCAACCAGCAAACCAUGACCACAUUCCAGCCGGCAACAGCCACCAUCAACAUCAGGCCCAACACACCGGGAACACCUACGCAGCAGGUAAUAACAGCCGGAGGGCAGCUCAGACCAGGGAUGACCGUUUUGAGAGCCCCAGUCCAGCAAGGGGCCACUCUGGGCAAAACCAUCCUCAGAACACCCCUCAUGGUCCAGCAAGGUCAGGCUGGUCAAGUAGUGACCCAAAUAAUCCGGGGGCAACCUGGCACCCCUGGCAGUCCUCAAAGCGGCACCCGAGUCAUGGAAACAACACCUCACACAACCCCCCAGGGGCAGGUCAAACUCACCCUUGCCCAACUCACCCAGCUCACUCAGGGGACACAGAAGCAGCAAGGAACAGUGGUGGAAAGGCAGCAGGCUGGAGGUCAGGGUGUGACAGUCAUGGUUCAGGGUCAGGGCCAGACAGCAGGUCAGCUACAGGUGAUCCCUCACGGUGUUACAGUGAUUCCUGGACCUGGUCAGCAGCUCAUGCAAGCUGCUUUACCCAAUGGCCAGAUACAGCGCUUCCUAUUCACACCUACUUCAGUGGCCACCAGCGCCACGCCCUCCACACCAGGUCAAACACAGCCAUGUGCCCCCUCCCCUGCACAGCCUGCCCAGCAGGCCGCAGCCCCGGUUCAGGCUGGAGUUCUCGCCCCCAGAACCCCUCCUACAGCCCCCAAGGCCCAAAUGCCUCCCCACCCUCAAGCCCAGAUGCCUAUCCAGUCCCCCACUCCACUUCAGGUCAAAACCACUCUCAACCAGGUCAACCUAAAACAGCAACAGCCUCAGAUGAGCCCCACAGUGCAGGUGAGGCCCCAAGUGCAGCUGCCUCAGGGGGCUCAGCUCAUCACAGUGCCAGGGCUGCAGUUCCAGCUGCAAUCCCAGCAGGGUGGUUCACCAGGGCAGCCCCUUAAACUGCAGCUGCCCAUACAGAUCCAGCAGCAAGGCGUGUCAGGUCAAGCAGGCACGCAGCCCCACCAGAUCCAGAAUGUGGUGACUUUACAGACAGCCAGCGUCCAGGAGCAGCUCCAGAGGAUCCAGCAACUCCGGGUGCAGCAGCAGCAGAAGAAACGGCAGCAACAGGAGGCCAAGAGGGAGCAGCAGCAGCAGCAAACCGUUAGCCAGAGUGAGCUGAUACAGAAACAGGUAGUGAUGAAGCAGAAUGCAGUGAUUGAGAACCUAAAGCAGAAGAAGACUGUGACACCUGCAGAGCGAGAAGAGAAUCAGAGGAUGAUCGUAUGUGCCCAGGUGAUGAAGUGCAUCCUCGAUAAGAUCGAUAAGGAUGAGCGUCUGGAGGCGAAGAAACGGAAGCGGGAGGAGACGGUGGAGCAGAAACGCAGCAAACAGACAGCAAGCAAACUCUCAGUCCUACUUUGCAAACGCAAAGAGCAGCUCAAAGGAGAGAUCCUGAGGAAAAGAGCACUGCUGGACAAACAGCUGCAGCAGGAGGCCCAGGAGGAGUUGAGGCAAGACUUGUUGAAUAUCCAGCGAGAACGAGAGCAAGCUCAGGCCGCUGCAGCUGCAGCCGCAGCCGCUGCAGCUGCCACCGCUGCCACCGCUGCCCAGGUCACAACCGCUCUCUCUGCACAAAAACGCAAGCUAGAGGACGAGAGCACAGCCAAAAUGAAGAAGAAGAAGAUGAUCACCACUACCUCAAGGGAAAGCAAGAAGGACACCAAGUUGUACUGCAUCUGCAAAACUCCAUAUGAUGAGACCAAGUUCUAUAUAGGCUGUGAUUUAUGCACUAACUGGUACCACGGUGACUGUGUGGGUAUCACGGAGAAGCAGGCGAAGAAGAUGGAUGAUUAUGUGUGUGUGGAGUGCAAACGUGUGCAGGAGGGGAGCGCAGAGGAGCUUUACUGCAUCUGCAAAACUCCCUAUGACGAAGCACAGUUUUACAUCGGCUGUGAUCGCUGUCAGAACUGGUAUCACGGUCGCUGUGUGGGGAUUCUGCAGAGUGAAGCAACGCACAUCGACGAGUACAUCUGCCCACAGUGCCAGUCGACUCAGGAUGCCAUGACCGUCCUCACACCACUCACAGAUAAAGACUAUGAGGGCUUACGGAGAAUACUGCGCUCAUUACAGGCUCAUAAAAUGGCGUGGCCCUUCCUGGAGCCAGUGGAUCCAGAAGAUGCGCCUGAUUACUAUAGAGUAAUAAAGGAGCCUAUGGACCUGUCUACCAUGGAGGAGCGUCUGUUGAAGCGUUAUUACAGUAAACUCACGGACUAUGUAGCAGACAUGACCAGAAUCUUUGAUAAUUGUCGUUACUACAACCCCAGCGACUCGCCCUUUUACCAGUGUGCUGAGGUGAUGGAGACCUUCUUUGUCCAGAAGCUCAAAGCCUUCAAAUCUGGCAGGUCUCAUAACAACAGACUACAGUCUACAGCUUCUUAACCUACAGCAACCGUAAGCUCUUUGGUAACUGUAUAACUGGGAAGUUGGUACUCCCAGUGAUGAAGCCCUGUCUGAGACUACUGAGGGACCACAAUGCACACGCCAGUGGAACUCCUGCUGUUACAGGAUGUGAGGGACUGGUCAAUAGGAUGUGGUCAACAGGGGCUACACAACCAUUUCAAGGCAAAUAAAAGAGAAGAGCGUCAGCUCUUUUUAAAGUGUCA